AUGAAAGCAAAAAGCGCCGUGUACAUUACCCAGGAGGAUGACGACUUUCCCGUCGGUGUGGAGAAGGGUUAUUCCAUGCCCGAAAUCUCUGAUCUGGCAAUGAUGGAGCUGCAGAUGGUCGCUCGGGAAAGCAUCACUUUUGUCGGAGGCCCUGCGGCAAUCCUGCUCCAAAUCGCACACCCUUUAGUAGGGGCUGGCGUCGCAGAUCACAGUACCUUCCGAACCCGCGCUAUCAGUCGCGCGGAGUAUACCCAGAUGUACAUUUACUGCAUGAUAUUUGGCUCUACCUCGGAAAAGGCAGCCAUGAAGGCAUACGUCGAUAAGGCUCACUCUCGGGUCGUGGGACAACACAACAAAUUGUCAUAUGACGCAAAGGACCCUGAACUUCAAGUCUGGGUGGCCGCCACGAUCUAUGCCACUAUGGUCAACAUGUACGAGUUAAUCUACGGCCCCCUCAAUUCUACGAGGGCCGAAAGAGUUUAUCGCGCAUUCUCAAUCAUGGGGACGUCCCUGCAAGUGCCACCUGGGAUGUGGCCAAAGAAUCUCACGGAGUUUCAGCUCUACUGGGAUGAUAUGGUGAAUAAACGACUGUGUGUGACACCGCAUGCCCGUGCGGUCUUGCAUGAUAUCUUUCACCCGGCCAGAGGUCUGCCACUGUGGGCCCGGCCACUGGCUGUUAUAGCGAUGCCAUUUGUGAAACGGCUCACUAUCGAGCAGUUGCCUCCCCGUGUACGUGAUCAAUUCCUCCUGAAGUCAACGAAGUCUUCACGGGUCAUUUCUGGCCUCUUCAUUAGUGGAAUGUCUGGUGUCUAUCCCUUCAUGCCACUAUUCCUACGACAGUUUACGAAGACCUAUAUGAUGGGCCAGAUGAGGAGGCGGAUCAAAAAGCGGGGUGGGCAGUUGGUCAAGCCCUGA